UUCUAAUUUACUCUUUUUAUAUUUUCUUAGGCCUACUUUUUAUUUUCUAGCUAUGAAAAUGUACAUCCAAUACGCUCCACAGUCUUCCCCAUCCGUCUGAUUUGUACUUCUGUGAGUGACCACAGGACACACUGUCAUACCUGUGAAUCUCUCUCCCCCACCUUCUUCAUCCUUCUUCACUGGAAUCCAUGAAAAAAAAACUCUUCUACAAGCUAAAAGAUUCCAUUUUUCAUCACAAAAAUCAACAAACAAAACUUCUUUGUUUCUUUUUCUACUGUUUUUGCAGGGAGCAUUAACAGACCUGCUAAACUUCCUCCUUUUCUAUGAGUAUUUUCUAUUCUUCCCAUUAAUUUUAUUGGGUUUUGUGUAAAAUUAUCAAUCAAUCUAAUAUCAUUAUCAUCCACAUUAUUUUGUUCAUCAAAAAAUGAAAAAGUUUUGAUCUUUUUACUUCUUAUGGUUUGAUUUGUAGCUGUAUUCUGUAUAUUUGAUCCUGAAAAUACCCCCAAAAUUCCUUUCAUUGUGAUUGUGAUGUAAGCUUAUAUAUUCUGACAAUCUCUCUUUUAAUUGAAAUAAAUUGGUUUUUCCUCACUUGUAAUUUUUCACUCAUUAUUACUACCUUUUAAAAAUCUUCCCUUUUCCCUUUUUAUUUUACUCUAAAGGUCACAUUUUUAGUGCAAAAAUGGGGAUUGGAAGUGGUAUCAUUCAUUGUAAUCAACAUUUGGGGAAGAUUCCUUUGUGGGUUUCAAUUAGGGUUUCUUGAUUUAAUUAUUUUCUGGGUUUUUUUUUUGUUGGAAAAAUUGUAAAGAAUGAGUGAAUCAGCAAGAAAAUCAUCAUCUUUGGCAAUUAUAGAGAAAAAACCACACAUUCAAAGACCUGGUGGUUGUGUUGGAAUUUUUUUUCAACUUUUUGAUUGGAAUAGAAGAUUUGCUAAGAAGAAAUUCUUCCCUAAGAAGCUUCUUCCACCUGUUCGUACCAAGGUAUCCAAGAAAUUCAAUGCUGAGGAGAAAUUGCCAGUGGCUAAGCAUUUAUUGAUCACUGAUGAGGAUAAUUCUGGUGGAUUUUCAAGUAAAAUGAAGAAAAAUGGGAGUUUUGAGCCUAAAAAAACUGAAAUGCAGGCUCCAGGGUUGGUUGCUAGGUUAAUGGGUUUGGAAGCUAUGCCUGUUCCUAUUGUAGAACAAAAUGAAUCUAGCAAGAGUUCUCUUAAGGAUGUUAGUAAGGCUAAGGGAGAUAAAUUCGGAGGUCGGUCUGAGAAUGUGUCUGCUAAGGAGUUGAGUUUGAGUCCCGAAAAGGGGAAUUUGAGACCACAGAAGAUUCAAAAGACGGGUGUUUCGGAUAGGAGGCCUGUUACGAGGUUCGGAGCUGAGGCAUUGCAGAUUAAGAAUGUCUUAUCUAGGUCAAGAAAGUAUCAUAAUCAUGCGAAGCUUGAUUCUCCGGUUAAGAGUCCAAAAAUGGGGCGAAAUGCGUCUAGGUUGAUUGAUGUAGCUACUAGAAUUUUGGAACCCGGGAUACAAGCCUCAAACCGUGCUAGGUGUAGUCUUACAUAUCCCAACUCGACGAUACAGUUGAUGAGUGAGGUUAGAGGUAACGUUGAAACUCAGGUUUCGAAUGCACAAGCUGCUUGUCGAAGUUGUGGCAAUGUUUUGGAUAGUAUGGAUGUGAGAUAUAAUGAUGAAGAAAGAUCUAGAAGCGUUGAACCGCCUACGCCUAACUUUAGAGAGGUUUUCUUUCAUGGUAUAGAAGAAAACCGGCCAAGUCCAGCGGUAUAUUUGGAGAAUGAAAAUGAUGUGGUUUUGUUAAAAACUAGGUAUCAACCUGAAUGUGUGACUCCAGCAAAAACCGAAACUACCAGGAAUGAAAUGCAAUCACCACAAUGCCAUGAACAGAUCUCGAUAAGUAGGAUGUUUACCUCUCAAAAGAAUGUGCCUCCUUCUGGUUCGUUGAAACAUAGGGCCAUAAGACAUGGCCAGACGAUGCUUGGGGAUAGAGUUCCGCAAAAGUCUAGAAUAGCAAAUACACAGGGCAGAAGAGUAUCGUCAGUUGUGAAUCCAAUUAAUGAAACUAAGGAUUUCAUUGCCCUUAACAGAAAUUUGUGUAGGAAUCGUCCAAGAGUACCAAGCAAAUUUGAGAGCAGUGUCGAGUCUGAUAGACGAUUUUGCACAGGAAAAAAUGAUUCUGUAAUGACACAAAGAACCCCAGUUAGGAAGAGAAGGACUCUAAACAUUAGCAGGCCGGUUGACACUGCACAUUCCGCGAGUUCGCUAGUGGAAAGACAGAGAAGUAAUAAGGUCAACAUUGUAACUGAAACUGGCACAAAAAUCCGUCCCAUAUCUGCGAAUCAGUCUUCCCUUACAAGUAGAUCUGUCAGUCACAGAGGAAAUAAGAGUACUGAUAUUGUUUCUUUCACCUUCAGCUCCCCUGUAAAGUCAACCAUUGGAACAACUUCUGAUGAGUUGGGUACAAAACGAAGGGACAUAAGUUGUUCGGACACUAAUGAGGAUUUACCGCAGGAAGUGGAAGAUAAUAGUGUGAAAAGGCCUUCGGGUAACUAUUUGCAGGUGAAUGGAGAUGCUCUAGGUGCUCUAUUGGAGCAAAAGUUGAAGGAACUUUCACACCAAGUAGAAAACGAAGCAGCAACCGGAAGAACUACUGCUUCAAUUCUUCAGGAACUCAUAUCUGCCUUGACAUCUGAGAGACCAGUUUCAUGCGAAGAUGGAUCCCAAGACAAUGAUACAAAAGAUUCACAAAGUGAUAGUGAAUCUCAGGCCAACUUGAGGAGCAAAGGAUGUCCGGAUGGAUUUACUCGUGGUGUUAACCAUCUUAGCCCAGGAUGUGUUCUUGAUGCAUCCUUUUCAAAUGAUAGCUGCAUAUCAAGCAGCAUGGACGAUAAUUCAGUACCUGUGCCUUCCGUUGAUGUUGAACUUUUGGAUCUUUUGGAUUCGGCAUCCUCAGUGAAUAAGCCUCGUGGCUGUGGUGUCAUGGUGGUGAUGGAUCUUGUAAACCGUACCGCAGCCGAACUACAGAACGCGGAUCGUGUACAUUCCCGAUUAACUGCAACCAAGCUUGACUAUGUACAGGAGAUUGUACUGAAUUCCGAACUCCUAUUUGGUAGUAACGAAUCAUCCGAUUCAUAUAAAUUUCUGGAUUUUCUUCUAGGCCCGUUUCUAGAUGAGCUAGAAUCCCUUGUCAUUGCGGCAUGGAAAAACAGCAUCAUUCUCGGAAUUGAGGUGAGAAAAGAGGAGAACCCGUUAAGACGUUUUCUCUUAGACUGUCUUGUAGAAUGCCUCGAUAUAAAAUACAUUCGGCAAUCUAAUUCUGGGUUCAAGACAUGGAGUAGGCUACCUAAGAGCAUCGAUGCAGAACUUCUGAUAAAAUCGUUUGAUGCAGAAGUUAGAAAAUGGAUUAGUUUUGCCGGGAAAUCAGCAGACGAGAUUAUAGAAAGGGAAAUGAGUACAUCAUUGGGAAAAUGGACGGAUUUCGAGAUCGAAGCGUUUGAAUGUGGUGCAGAAAUCAGUCAGCACAUAAUUCAGCUUUUGGUUGAUGAAAUUGUGACAGAUUUGUGCUUAUGCUAAUCUUACUACAGAUGGUGUGUGACUACUUUUAACUCCUACUAGUAUCCCCCUGAUGAAAAUUUUUGUACAAACAAAACCGAAGGGAAAUGAGUUAAGUUUUUUUCACAUAGUAUUUAGAAGUAUUAAAUUUACUAGAUUGUUGUAGUAAAUGUAACUUUUGGGUAAUUGUAGUUGUAUCAAAUGUACUUGGUUAGAUGCAACAACUAUAAUUUUUGUAGUUGUCCAUGAACUUUGUAAUUCCCGCCGAUGAAUGGAGUAGAAGUCAUGUGGAUGACAGACUAUUAGUUCAUAUAGUCGAUUUUAAUUUUUUA